GAGAGAGAUUAAUUAAUGAUUAAUUAGACGUUAAUUAGAGUCCUGUGUUUUUACUGUGAGCUCUGCUGAUUGGCUGAUGGGUAAUGUUUGUUAAAACGCGGAUGUUUAGGGGUUUAUUGGGUUUGCUUUAGGACCGGUUCCUGUGUGUGUGAGUGUGUAUGAGAGAGAGAGUGUGUGUGUGUGUGUGUGUGUGUGUCAGAGAGUGUGUGUGUGUGUGUGUGUGUGAUUGCCGCUCUUGGUGCUGUUUUGCGCGCGAGGAUUUAAAUGGUGAGCGCACGCGAGGGGGAGGAGAGGAUCAGUGGAGCACGCGUUCUGUAACCAUGCAUUAGAGUGAGUCGCGUCCCUCGUUCACUAGCUGUAGGGACCCUAACUAGGAGACAUGGAGAGUGCAGGCUGCGUUCAGAAACCCAUCCAUCACCCAACCUGCGGCGUCGGACACGCACACGGUGACGACGCGUGGACGCGUGGAGAGGAGCGCGUCCACUUCAGCACGGCGGACACGCCCAAGGAGAAUAUGUCCAGCUCCCAGAGACGGGGGAGAGACAGACACUACCUGUCUCACUCUCAGUGGUGUGAGACUCCCAAACUGACCAGGAAGGACGUGUCUCUGCGCAGACGUCUCCUCACGUCCAAAUCCAUGACCGUGGUGAAGACACCGAGCUGCAGGGACGCAUGCACACAUGGAGCGUCGGAGUCUCCGGACGUCCUCCUGAGGGGUCCGCUCUCCUACAGCACGCUGAGGUCAGACGCAGUGACCACUUCCUGCAUGAAGCGCCGUCUGGUGUUCUCCCAGGCUGUGACGUCCACGCUGGAGGACGGGGGGGACGGGGCGAGCCCCCCUCUGUCUGAGCCUGACUUGGAUGAGAGCAUCAUCUCGGGGCUGUUGCCGUCGGAGACGCCGGAGAUGCUGCGGGAACGAGACAGCUUCCGGACCCCUGUGACCCGUCUGGUCGCCGAUCUGUCUGAGAGCCUGAGCGUGCUGAGCACUCCUUCGCGCACUCCGCUCUCCGGACUGGACGCGGCUGAGGACAGCGGCUUCGGCUCACUGCGAUUGGACGGCUCGGAGGACGGCAGUGAUGACGGCUCUUUCCAGGAGGGGGCGCCGCAGGUCGCGUUCGGCCGAGACCACCGCCGCUCCAGACUCGAACGCCAGCGCAGACUGUCCACACUCAGGGAGGGCUCACAGUCAGACGACGAGGUCAAAGGUCAGCGCGUGAAUGGGCGGGGCCUAAAGCUGGAGGAAGAGGUGUUUGCAGAGACUCCACCCCUUAGGGCGAUGCAACGCGACCUGUCGCUCACUCCUGCGCUGCAGGCCAUGGAGGCCCUCAGCCGCUCCUUCACUCUGUCACACGACCUCUCACACGACCCCGACCAGCCAAUCACAGCACGCCUGCCGCUCUCACACCUGAUUGGCCGGAAGAUGGGUUUAGGCAAGUUGGAUGUUCUCACCGAGCUCCAUGUGAGGAACCUGCACCACGUCUUGUCCUCGAUCCUGCAGCUGCUCUCCACCAGAGACAUACACACGUGUUCUCAGGUGUGUGACUCCUGGAGCGAUAUAAUCCUGCAGGACAGGAAGGCCAAUCGCAGAAGGAGGAUGUACGAACGAGAGCAGAAACACGCACUGGAGAUGGGUGGGGCUGCUCGUGUGGUGGAUGCAGAGACGCGGUUAGCGCUAGCAUGUCGCUCAGCGCUCGGCAGCGUUCAGGCUCAGGCUAAAACUCCCAGCACUCGCGCACACACUCCUGCUGCCAGCGGCGCUCGCGCACACACUCCACCCUCCACCAAACGCCAGCAGUUCCUGCAGGUUGCGAAGACGCUGUUCAGUGAAGAGUGUUUGCGUCCGUGUCCCCGGUGUGAACGUCCCGCUCGCUGUCACUCUGUAAAGGCUGAAGGAGUGUGUAGCUGGAGUGAGUGUGUGUUCCAUUUCUGCACUUCCUGUCUGAGGGCCUAUCACGGCUCGGCUGACUGCACACGCCUUCCCAACAUGCGCACAUGCAGGAAGGGGCGGAGCCAUUUGUUACCAGGCAGCGCACAGAGCAAACGCAAUGUCAAGAGACUGUGACAUGCGCGCACGCGCACGCACACACACACACACACACACAUACAUACAUACAUACAUACAUACAUACAUACACACAAGAGGAGAUCUAACAUGUUCAUGAUGGAGAGCCACUGAGAGUGUGUGUGUGUGUUCUCUCAGGCUGCUAAAGAAUGUGUGUGUUGUGUGUGUCCUCAGGCUGUUAGACUGUGUAUGUGUGUGUGUGUAUGAGAUUGUAAAUGAUUAACUCAGUGACUACACAUUCUUAUGUACAGUACACACUGUUUGUAAAUGUGUGUCCAUAUAUUGUUAAGAUGUUCAGUGAUUGUGUGUGUGAUGUACAUUCCUCCUUUUUUAUGGAUUGUUUUAAUAAAGUCUUUUUAUUCCUUUA